UGGCACAAUACUGUCCUGCAAGAGCGGAAAUGACGCAAGAUCGAACGUCCGCCCGUUUCCACGUGCAAGCAGCUGCUUCACAACUGAGUUUGCAGGUUGUCUUUCCACGAUGAAACGACCGAAGUUAAAGAAAGCAAGUAAGCGGCUCUCUUGCUCCAAACGUUACAAAAUACAGAGAAAAGUCCGGGAGCACCACCGGAAGCUUAGAAAGGAGGCAAAGAAGAAAGGAGUGAGUAAACGAGUGAAAAAGGAUUUAGGAGUUCCCAGCAGUGCUCCAUUCAAGGAAGAGGUCUUAAGGGAGGCAGAGCAGAGGAAGCUACAGAUUGAAGAAGAAAAGGAAAGACAACGUCAAGCAAAUAAGGAAGAGCGAGCAAAGAAAAGGAAGAAAGAGGAGGCGGCAAGUAAUGAGACUGGACCCCAAGCCAAGAAGACUCGCAAGGAUGCACUUGCAAGAAAACAGGCUGCUGUAAACAGGAGUUCGAAACAAUUCCUUUGUGCUGAGCUGAACAAGGUUAUCGAUGCAUCAGAUGUCAUCGUAGAAGUUCUGGAUGCUCGGGACCCUCAGGGUUCCAGAUGUCCUCAGUUAGAGGAGGCUGUGCUGCAAAGGGAGGGCAACAAGAAGAUACUUUUACUUCUCAACAAGAUAGAUCUGGUGCCUAAAGAAAACUUGGAGAAGUGGAUUGGGUUUUUACAGAAGGAAUUUCCUGUGGUGGCUUUCAAAGCGUCAACGCUAAUUCAGGACAAAACUCUGCAAGCCAAAAAGAGCAGAAUAGUGGCCUCUAAUGACAUCCUGGAUAAAUCCAGAGGAGUCGCCUGCUUUGGAAGCUCCUGCCUCUCUGAUUUGCUGAUGAGCUUUGCUUCCAAAACGCAGAGCGAGGCCAAACUUAAAGUCGGCAUUGUUGGUUUUCCAAAUGUGGGCAAAAGCAGCCUCAUCAACAGCAUGAAGGGGAUCCUGGCAUGCAACGCUGGCGUCAAGAGGGGCAUCACAAAGUCAAUGCAAGAGGUGCACAUCUCUAAGAAUGUGAAGCUCAUAGACAGCCCGGGAAUAGUGGCGUCCCCGACAAACCCGCCGGCCUCCAUGGCCUUAAGGAGCCUGCAGGUGGAGGAGGGUCAGGACAGCGUUCUGGAGGCUGCGCAGACUCUGCUCAAGCAGUGUGAUAAGACACAGGUGAUGCUGCAGUAUAAUGUCCCAGAUUAUAGAAAUUCUCUGGAGUUUUUGACCAUGCUGGCCAAAAAGCGUGGUUACCUGCAGAAGGGAGGAGUUCCUGACACACAGCAGGCAGCCACCACCUUUCUGUCUGAUUGGACUGGGGCAAAGCUGAGCUAUCACUGUAAGGUUCCUGGGACGCACAUCCUCCCUGCGUAUCUGAUGGAUUCGGUGGUCGCUGAAAUGCAGAAUGGCUGGAAUCUGAAGAGAUUGAAAGCAGGAAAUGAGGAGACUCUGAACGGUGUUAAAUUUCCAAACCCUGCAAGCAGUAUAAGCUUCGUCUCUAAAGGCCCGACCUCUGGUCUUCUGAGUGUUUCUGAAGAGCAACCGGAUGCUGCAAACACAGGCGAGGAGCAGAACAAGGAGGCUGAACAAACUCCUGUGGACUCAAAUGAUGCUGAGGAGAAAACUGAGAAAACAUCACAGAACAAAAAGCUUAUGGUGCAGUUUGAGUCAUCGGCCCUGGAGGUGAACCUGACUGCAACGAGUGCAGAUGAUGCCUACGACUUUAACGUCCAUUUUAAGUAAAUUUAAGCUUCACUUUCAUCCAGCGCCUGAGCCCAGAAAGCUUGACGGACGUUUACAUCAGAUGUGGAUCAAGUCACCAUCAGGAUGAACUUUCUACUAUUGAACUGAAGACCAGAAGCAAACAAGUCACUCAAAUAUGUCAAGUUCAAUUAUUAUCUUGUUCUUUUAUGCGCUUCUCAGAAGAAAAUGGAUUGUUCAGCCACUGUGUAUGUCGUAUUACAUCUCCCAGAUGAAAAAGUGAGCUGCUUUAUAGUCUUUUCUUUUACAAAGUACUGUAAAUAAUUUGAAUAUAUAUGUAGUAAAUCUGAAGUGACAAAA